AAUUCUAUGGUUAAUUUUAACUGUUUUCCAUAGAAUGUAUCUUUUGCACUGUGGUUGCAACAUUCUGCGUGUGUUUAUAGAUCAUCGUAAAAAUGUCCGACACCGAAAGUAAUGUUCCCACAAGUGCUGUGGCAUCCGGAGGAUCAAUGGAUGUGAAUCAAGCUCUCCAGGAGGUAUUGAAAAAUGCUCUUGUUCAUGAUGGUUUAGUUCGUGGUUUACAUGAAGCUGCUAAAGCAUUAGACAAGCGGCAAGCACUUUUAUGUGUUUUGGCUGAAAAUUGUGAUGAACCCAUGUACAAGAAACUUGUUACAGCUUUGUGUUCUGAACAUCAAAUUCCUUUAAUUAAAGUAGACAAAAAUAAAAUGCUAGGUGAAUGGGCUGGGCUAUGUAAAAUUGAUAGUGCUGGAAAGGCAAGGAAAGUGGUAGGAUGCUUUAGAUUUUCAGUUACAUUUGGGAUUCCUCCGGGUGUGACGGUUAAACACUGCUCUUAUUAA